AUGGCAUCGUACUUCUACGCUGGCUUCGUGCCCACACUCUUGCGCGCGCUCCUUGUCAUUCAAGUCUUGGAAUUCAGUCAUUCCAAAGCCUCGACAAACUGCAUCGGUGCCGAGAGGGAAGCUAUCCUGAAUUUCAAGCGGAGACUCACCAAACCUUCGAGACAUCUGCUGUCGUGGACCGGCGAUCAUUGUUGCAAGUGGGAAGGAGUCAAGAGUAGCGAGGAGAUUGGUCACGUCUCGAAGCUCCACCUUCGUAAUCCCUGCGAUGGCUUAGAGAAGUGCGGUCUGAGAGACCUUUCAAGCAACGCAUUAGAUGCGCUGAUAUCGGAAGGGUUGACUAGGCUUGCUCGACUUCAGAAUUUGAACCUCUCUCGCAAAAACCUAAUUGGAAAGAUCCCUUCGGAUAUUGGCGACUUGAGACAUUUGGAAUCACUAGAUCUGUCCAAGAACAAGCUAUUGGGUGAAAUCCCUCCAAGCAUAUCCAAUUCAGACUUUCUUGGUCGUUUGGAAAUUUCCUUCACCGAUUUGCUAGGUCUUGCUCCGUCGGGUAGUCAUCUAAGCACUCUGGAGGAUCAGUCUGUUUUUCGUGGCAAUGAUGGACUUUGUGGAGCUCCUCUUGUGAAAGUUUGUCCUAGGGAUGACCAUAACAAGAUGGACAGAUGA